AUGUCACGCAUGCCCUGUGCCCGUCCAACGCCUCCCUCUCCCGGUUCCUAUUCCCAUUGGAUGGCGGUUGGCAAUCGGGAGGGACGGAUGGGGGCCACCUCGUCAGGUCCCCUGGGGCACAUCAUGCAAUGUCAAGUGCAAUGCAAGCUACACGCCCAACAAGCCGUGCCAGCGUUGCUCAAAGCUCGGCAUCCAGAAGUCCAAACCAUCAAGAAUGCCGUCAACCCGAGCCCCGUCUCCGCCGCCGGCGUCCUACCCCCGUCCGCCCUGCCGCUACCGCUACCGAGCCCGAGCACCGCCUACCCCGGAGCCGCCAGCGCCUUCUCAGACCACCGGCCGCCCCCCUCCGCCUCGAGGGUGAGCCUGCCGGCCCUUUCUCCCGUCCACCAGCCUCAUCAGCCGGAGCAGGUCCCGACGCCGACCCUCACGUCGCACACGACGCCCACGGGACCCGCGAGGCAACCCGCCCAACCGAGGGCUCUGGGGUCUAAGGUCCUGUCUGGCGAGGAUAUCGACUUUUACUUUGACCACUACUUUGAGCACUUCCACCCCUACUUCCCCAUCGUCCGCUCGCAGGACCCGGACAAGCUGUACAAGCAGAGCCCGACUCUCUUCUGGACCCUCAUCGCCAUCUCCUCGCGGCGGUACACGCGCGACGCCGGCCUCUUCCCCUUUCUCAUCGAGAACCUGCCAAGGGAGGUCUGGGCUGCCGUCUCGAACCCGCCCAUCAGCUUGUCCACCAUCGAUGCCCUGCUCGUCCUUUGCACCUGGCCCUUACCCUCCAUCCGCUUCCUCAACGACCCGUCGUCCUCGUACGUCGCCAUCGCGCAGAACGCCGCGCUGCAGCUGGGCUUGCACACGGGCCGCGGCACUCACCCAGAGUUCUGCAUCGGGCCGAACCGGCAGACCGACAUUACCGACGAGGAGGCGUGUUUUACGUGGAUGGGAUAUAAUAUCCAGGCUCAGAGAGUCGCCUCAAGUAAUGGUUUCCCGCCCCCGGCCGGCUUCUUCAACGAAGCCGUCAACAGGGCUGCCGGCGGAAGAUCUCUCCCCGAUGCCCUGGGUUACUUUGGCCUGCUAUAUGAGAUGCAAAAGUUCUCCAACAGGCUGAGCCGGACCAUCUUCUCCGUCGCUGAGGAAGGCGAGGGCGUGCCGGACACCGUCAUUCAACUAUUGGAAGAUGAGCUGAACAAGCUGAAGCAGCUACAGUCUCGACAUAACUCUGACCUCGACCUCUUCACCAUCCUGGCAGUCCAGUUCGAGCUCCAAACCUACUACUUCACCCCCCUCUCAACCGUAGACAAACCCACCUUCCGCCACAACGUAAACCGCGCCUACAGCACCGCCCAGGCCCUCAUCAACCUCUCCCUCCGCCUCGACGCCUCGCACCGCUUCCUGCUACACGCCCCGCAACACGUCUUCCGCACCAUCCUCGACGCCGUCGCCGUGGUGUUUGACGUCCUCGCCUCGGGCCACGCGACGGACGUCGAGCUCGCCAACGCGGACGUGUCCAUCAAGAACGCCCAGGAGGCCCUGCGGCGCUGCUCCGUGCAGGAGGGCGACUUUGCCAUGCGAGCGCUGCGCAUGUCGGAGAGCUAUUGGACUCUGCGGCACAUGAUGCCCAAGCUCGAGGCGCCCAUAUCGCAGUACCCUCACCGUACCGGCGCCGUCAUCGCGUUUGGGACGUUGAGGAGGUGGAAAAAGGUGCUUGAUGAGGCGCGGGUCGGGCAGAGCGGGGCCGGUGGUGGGCACGGCGUGGGGGGGCCCGGGGGCACGGCGUCGACGCGUGAGUGCAGGGGGGGUCGGGGGUUCGGUGUGAGUAUUACUGACCUUGUGGCAGCGGCGGCGACGGAUGGGAACGCGAGCGUCGUGCCGACGAGUGACCUGCUGCAGGAUAUCGACUGGUCGAUGCUGAUGGACGACUUUGACUGGACCGCUGGGGGCGGGGGAGAGCCGAAUUUCCUCGGUCUUUCAUAG